AGUUGUCGCAUAACUGCUUCCGGGUUGAUGGACGACCUUGAGCCCUCAAAAGCGAGAUGGCGGUUCUCUUGAGGCUCGGUGUCCUCUGCGGUGCUCAAGGAGGCCGAGCUCUGUUCCUCCGAACCCCAUUGGUCAGACCUGCUCACAUCUCAGCAUUUCUCCAGGACCGACCUACCCCAGGAUGGACUGGAACACAGCACAUUCACCUGUCACCAAACCGCCAUUCUGGUUCCAAGGCUGCAUCUCUUCACUGGACUAGUGAGAGGGUUGUCAGUGUUUUGCUCCUGGGCCUGCUUCCAGCUGCAUAUUUGAAUCCUUGCUCUGCAAUGGACUACUCCUUGGCUGCAGUCCUCACUCUUCAUAGUCACUGGGGCCUUGGACAAGUUGUCACUGAUUAUGUUCAUGGAGAUGCGUCACAGAAAGCUGCCAAGGCAGGCCUUUUGGCACUCUCAGCUUUAACCUUUGCUGGGCUUUGUUAUUUCAACUAUCAUGACGUGGGCAUCUGCAAAGCUGUUGCCAUGCUGUGGAAGCUUUGACCGUUUUGACUUGAGAAUUGAUUGUAUGCCUCUGCCUCUGCUCUGUCAUUCAGCUYAUAAUAAGGAGGAAAUAACAGAAAGUUCAUUGGUGGGCAAACCUUCUUCUAAUCACAUGGUUAUUUUAGAAUUUAAUUGUUGAGGAAGAGAUUUGAGAGGAAAUGUGUUCAAGAAAUUAUGAGACCCAGUUCUGCAUUCUAGUGAGUUAAUGGGGUUGUCUUCAAGUUCAUGAGAUUCACAGUAUGACUAAACUUUACAUAUGAGCUUUUGCUUUUGUCAGUCUCUUAAAGAGAAUUUAGCUUUAAUAUUAUCAGUAUAUGAUCAUUUCUGCAUUUAUCUUGGAAAUAAUGGUCAAAGGGAAAGACUGUUAAUUCAUGAC